AUGUUUCGACUAAAUGAAAGACAAUGGAAUCAAAUCAAAAAGGAUUUAAAAUUUGUUUCUAAAGGUGCACAAGGUGAAGUGUUUAAAGGAAAAUUAUUAAACAAAGAAGUUGCAAUAAAAAAAUUUAAACAUGAAGAUGAUUUUGUUAAAGAAGUUGAGUGUAUUAAUAAUUGUGCAUGUGAAUUCAUUGUUUCAAUAUUUGGAAUUACACCAACACCAGAAGCAAUAUUUCUUGAUUGGUUUCCUUAUGAUUUAGAAAAUUAUAUUAUUGAAAAUCAAUUAACAUUAAAUGAAUCAAAAGUGUUAUUAUCUGAUAUAUCAAAAGGAUUGGCUUAUAUCCAUCGAGUAGGAUAUAUUCAUUUAGAUAUUAGACCUAAAAAUAUUUUAAUUAGAAAUCAAAGAGCUGUGAUUUGUGAUUUUGGAAUGUCAAUUAUUGAUCAACCACCUUAUAAUCAUAAUAGAGCUGUUGAUUGUUGGGUUGCUCCAGAAAUCGUUUUUGGUAAAGAGGUAUCUACUAAAACAGAUAUCUAUAGUCUUGGAUUAGUGAUCUGGUUUGUUUGUGAGUCAAAAGGAACUGAUCCUUUUCCUAAAACUACAACUGAGUCUAUGAUUAAAGCUGCUUUUCAAUGUAAAGAAAGGCCUAGAUGGAACGCUCCAAAGAUUGAAGAAUUAAAAAAAAUCCAUGACAUCACUAAGAAAUGUUGGAGAGAUGAAAUGGAAUCAAGACCUACUGCAAGAAUGAUUAUUGAUUUGUUCAAUGAAAUAAAAGAAAAAACGUUAUAA